GUCACAGAAGUAUCCAGAACAAGGUAAAUAACGCUUCAGUCCAACUAAUUCCAUAACAUCAAUAUAGCUAUCUUGGCCUGACAGAGUUCCUUUUACAUUUUACUUUCCAACAGUAUUUGUCCAGGAGGAAGAAGUUUGGGACUCUGACGAGUUUGUAAGUUAGCUUUGUGUAAAUAAAAUUUUGCAACUAUUUUAUCACAAACGGGGUGAAAGAAUGUGAUUUUAUCCAAGUUAUGUCACUUAAUAUGUAACACAUAGCAAAGGGGAAAAAAUGCUGUUGUGAUCCCAUGCAAAUUAUUUGUCUGGGCUGUGAUCAGGACAAUGAAAAUGAUAAUGACGAUGAGGGUGUAGACGAGGAGCCUGGACCAGACAACUACAUCUGUGCUUUAACUGAGCCACAAAUAGCUGAGCAAGAACACAGUGAGGAGACAUACGAAUUUCACCAGAACCUGCCUGCCGCUGCAGAAAUAAUGACGCCACUACGACUCUCAAGAUUGCCUAAACUUCCAAACUGUCAUAGAGGUAAUGGCUAGGAGCUCUGACAAUAGUGCCGAGCACAAAGAAAUGCAGUUGCAAGUGAAAACAUCCAUGCUUUAGUUUUUAAAAAUCAGAACUGGUGGUAAUUUUUCCUGCAUGCAUAACUAAAGAAAUAUAUUCAGAUCCUGUUUGUGUACCGUUGCCUGCUGAGAGAACCUCAAAACAUCCACCACCUCAGCCCCAAAGGAACCACAUCCCUCAAAGAUCUUCCAAAGCACCAGGUGAUUUAUUCACUCCACAAGCACUUGUUUUAUCAGUUACAAUGCUAUUUUUUUUAUUUAUUCCUGGCAGAACGGCAGCUGAUCUAAAGCUUGUGUAAAAUGUUUCUUUUUUCCCCCAUUUGUAAUGCCAGCUCCCCAGUCCAAUCUACAUAGAGACAAGACUAAAAAGCCUGGACAACCUGUCCCAACCCAGAGAGACGUUACAAAAUUGAGUAUGUCAUAUGUAUUAUGUGAUGUUUUGAUGUGGCUGUUGUAGUUCAACAGAAAAAUGCUUGAAUUUUGGCACAAUAUUAAACAAUUACAUUUCAUAUUAUCAAAAAUGUCCACAAGAGGGCAGUGCUGUCAAGGUUCCUGGCUCAUUUAGAAACAAAUUCCUUCAUCGAAGGCCCUCUAAGCCUACAGAUGAGCCCCACAGUCCCUCCCCUCCCAGGCCAGGUGAACUCAUUCCAGCUUCUCCAGAGCCAGCUAUGAGGAACAGUUCAACACCGCAUCCAAAGAAGGAUUUGGAUUCCAGCUGGUAUGGAGGAAUGAUGACCAGAUAUGAAGCUGAAGUCAUCCUUAGAGAUGUGAACAAGGAUGGAGCAUUUGUGGUGAGGGACAGCUCCAAAGGCUUGGCUGAGCACCCCUACACCCUGAUGCUGCUGAACCAUGGCAAGGUUUACAACAUUAAGAUCCGUAACCAAGGCAACUCCUACUCACUCGGCAACGGCCUCAACAACACAAAGAGUUUCCCUGGAGUGAAGGAGAUGAUUACACAUCACGCACACACCCCAUUGCAGCUUGCUGAUGCCCUAGACCACAAUUCUGAAGAGAAACCCCAAUGUUGCCUGCUGCACCCUGCGGGACUAUGACCAGCAUCAGCGCCAUACUAAAUCUCAGUUUCUGGUCAAGCUGGGGGCUGCUGCUUCACUGCCUCUUCGAUUUUGAGAAACGCCAGCUUGUCAGGGUGGCCAACACAAACGAUCAGAUCACAGUGUCUCAGAUGGGUUUGCACUGCAAGCAGAGAGCAAGUAUCUUGUUUCACAAUUGCCUCAGGUGUACACCAACUAUUACUGCACUUAAGACAAAACUGCCUGAAUG